AUGGGUUUACUUACAAUUUUGAAGAAACAGCGUUUGAAGGAGAAGGAAUUGCGAAUAUUGGUCCUUGGUCUUGAUAACAGUGGAAAAACAACUGUGGUGAAAAAACUGAAUGGUGAAGAAGUUAACGAAAUUGCACCAACUUUCGGUUUCAAUAUCAAAACAUUGCAAUACAAAGAUAUGAAGUUGAACAUGUGGGAUGUCGGUGGACAAAAAAGUUUACGGUCAUAUUGGCGAAAUUAUUUCGAACAAACAGAUGGUGUUAUAUGGGUUGUUGAUUCAGCCGAUAUUGAUAGAAUGGAUGAUUGUAAGCGUGAACUUGGUUCAUUGUUGGUGGAAGAAAGAUUGGCCGGAGCAUCGCUUUUAGUUCUUGCCAACAAACAGGAUUUAUCAUCCAGUGCAAGUUCGGAAGAAAUAGAAGAGUUACUGGGUUUGCGCAAUUUAAAAUCACAUCACUGGAAUAUAUAUGGAUGUAGUGCAUUUACUGGCGAAAAUCUUCUUGAAGCAAUUGACUGGCUCUGUGUUGACAUCUCCUCUCGGUUGUUUACGUUUAAUUAA